AUGCUUUCCCUCCGCCAUCUCUUCCUUGCCAUCGCCGUCCUCGGGGCGGCGCCCAUGGGCCUGGCCGCGCCCUCGCCCGCCGAGGACUCGCUGGCUCACCAUGCGGAACGCGAUUUGGACGUCGACGCCGCCCAGUUUGAGCAGCGCGAUGUGGCCGAGGAAGCGGAAGCGGAGGAGGAGGAGGAUGCCGAGGAUGUUCUCGACGUGCUCUCGGGCCGUGCCCCGGCCGCCGGCUGCUACACCACCAGCCAGAGGGGCAAGAACUGCCACUCGGCUCAGUGCCCCGGCAGGACGCAGUGCAAGCUCAACAAUCGCGGCAGGUGUGUCUGGGCCAAGCCCAAGAGGCAGAGGCCCUUUGGCUGCAGCCAAUGCCGGUGUGCCAAGUUCACCUAG